UCGUGGGUGCAGCAAUGUGGGAGAUCAUAGCAGCAAGUCUGGUGGUGAUAGCCGAGGCGAGGUACGAGAAUGUGAACGUGAAGCAGGACUGGUGGGAGACAGCUGUGUUCUACCAGAUCUACCCUCGUUCCUUCAUGGACAGCGAUGGCGAUGGUGUCGGAGAUAUAAAUGGAAUAACUUCAAGGUUAGAAUACCUGAAAGAGAUUGGCAUCAACGCCGCUUGGUUGUCUCCCAUCUUCAAGUCGCCAAUGCAUGACUUUGGGUACGACAUAUCGGAUUAUUACUCCAUACAACCAGAGUAUGGGUCUUUGGAGGACUUUGAACAGCUGCUCAAAAAGGCUAAUGAACUAGACAUAAAAAUAGUUUUAGACCUCGUGCCGAAUCACACGAGCAACGAAAGUGAAUGGUUCCUCAAGUCGGCCAGCAAAGACGAGUAUUACAAUGACUGGUACAUCUGGGAGAAUGGUCACAUGGACGACAAUGGUGACAGAAAACCGCCUAAUAAUUGGAUCAGUGUGUUCAGAAAAAGCGCGUGGACUUAUCACCCUAGUCGGGACCAAUUCUACCUGCAUCAGUUUGGUGAGGCACAACCAGAUCUGAACUUCAGAAACCCUGUCGUUUUUGAAGAAAUGAAGAACAUUAUAAAAUUUUGGCUCGAAAAGGGAGUGGCUGGUAUGCGAAUCAAUUCUGUCAACUAUUUCUUUGAAACCGACAAAGAUGUGUUCGGGGGGAGGUACCCUGAUGAGCCCCUCACUGGAAAACCAGGGCUGGGCCCAGACGACUACGGGUACUUGGACCACGUUUACACAAAGGACCAAGAAGAAACCUACGAAAUGGUGUCGCAAUUCAGGGACGUUUUCGAUGCUAUAACUCUACGGAAUAACGUGACCAGGGUAAUGAUGACAGAUGCGUACACAAGUAUUAAAAAUGCAGUGAGGUAUUACGGCGAAGGGAUCCAUUCGGGGGCCCAUGUGCCCUUCAAUUUCGCCCUUAUUGAGGACCUGGAUAAGGACUCGGAUGCGAGGGAUAUUAAGUACGCUGUGGACAAAUGGUUGACGUACAAACCUUUGAGGAAGCAAGCCAAUUGGGUGAUCGGGAACCACGACAAGAGUCGAGUAGCCUCUCGGUUCAGGUCCGAAUUGGUCGAUGCCAUGAACAUGCUCAUUCUUUUGCUGCCUGGAAUCGCUAUCACGUAUAUGGGCGAAGAAAUAGGUAUGGUGAAUGGAUUUGUCCCUUGGAGCGAGACUAAGGACCCCCUUGCAUGCAACACCGACGACCCGGUCAAUUUCAUCGAGGUAUCCCGGGACCCCGUACGGACCCCUUUCCAGUGGAGCAACGGGAAGAAUGCAGGAUUCUCUACAGCAGAAAAGACCUGGCUGCCUGUGGCCGAAGGUCAUGAGCAUCUGAACGUAGCCAACCAGCGGUCAGCAGUGCGCUCUCACUACCAGGUGUACCGAACCCUGACGAACCUGCGCAUACGACCAGCCUUCCGCCUGGGCAGAUACGAGUCUUUGGCGUUGAACAACGACGUGUUUGCUUUUAAAAGAUGGUACAAUGAUGACACGUAUGUCGUUGUCAUGAAUGUUGGGAGGACGUACCACAUAGUCAAUCUGACUGCUUUCGACUUGAUCUUCGGCCAGCUGGAGGUGGAAGCCAGUAGUGUCCUAUCUUCGAGAACUUAUAGUGACAACGUUCAAGCUAGUUACUUGGAUCUUGCUGCAGACGAGGCUUUGGUUCUCCGAAUGCAAGUUUAA